AUGAUCUUCUCCGAGGCUGAUCAUCAGGAUGUAAAACCAAGCUUGAAGAAGCGUCCGCAAUUCCGUGACUAUUUCGUCACCCAUCUGCCGUCGUCGUCUCUGCACCCGGAUCCUCGGGGACCGACAUCGCCUUUCCACAAACUCCCGCGCUCCGCCUCAGUACCUCACACUGGUGACACUCCGCAAUCGCCUGCCUCAUUCCAAGCAUUAGUGGACCGAGAGACGACCGUUGUCCGGAUCCCGCUGCGCAACGCUAAGCACCACUUCGGAGCGGUCACGGCCCGUGGAACUCGGCCUGAUAAUGAAGACACAUACCAGGCUGGCGUGAUUGAUAUCCCGGCAUUCGCGAAACGGCCUCCUGCGUCUCUUACAAUCCGGCGAGAUUCUGCACCGCGCGAGUCAAGGGCUGCGGACACUGCUAGCGGGGACCCGCAAGUCUUCUACUUCGGCAUCUUUGACGGACAUGGCGGAUCCGAAUGUAGCACAUUUCUCAAGGAAUCUCUUCAUGAAUAUAUUCAGGAUGCCGCCGCGAUAUUUGAAGUCGAGUCCAGCCUUCGUACAAACCAACAACAGAUCAGCGGAGGUGAGCUAGCCGCUGCCAACGGCCCGCUACCUGUCAUGCAAGAGGGCAACCGACACCGGAUCGGAGAUUUGGAGAAGAACCUUGUACAGAACUGGAGACGGAUUGUCGGAGGCUAUUUCAGGAGGUUCCAGCCACCUCACUUCGCUUACUAUGGUUCCGAGUCCGGGGAGGUUCCUUCUCCUGGCUAUGUCUCCGUCGAGGAGAUCUUGGAAUAUGCGUUCCUGCGAGCCGACCUUGACUUCGUCAAGGCACAAGCUGCCAAGCGAGAUGAUGACCUAGUUCAGGCCGAGAGACCGCUUAACGAUGACGAGAUUCUUCACAGCCCCAGUUUGACCCGAGCUCCGAAGAUUGGCGGUCGUUCUCGAUUCAAAGGCGGAAGUACUGGCAGCGUUGCCAUGAUCUCAACACCCAGUCCGACUCCCUUCUGGCAUCCAGCUGGUCCCUCGAGCCUGCUUAUCGCACACGUCGGUGACACUAGGGUAUUACUAUGCUCUACCGAGAGCGGCGAAGCUGUCCCCGUUACGUCCAACCACCACCCCUCCUCUCCAAUCGAGGCCGGUCGACUUCGCCGAUACGCCGCGACCUUUGUCACCGACUCGUUUGGUGAGGAGCGCAUGAGUGGACUUGCGAAUACACGCGCCUUCGGAGACGUCCAAUCUAAACGGAUUGGUGUAUCCGCUGAACCAGAGCUCUGCCGCAUCGAAAUGGGGCCCGCCGAAUAUUCAUUCCUUGUCAUGGUAUCUGAUGGUAUCAGCGGUACACUUCUCGACCAGGAAAUUGUCGAUAUCGUCAAGGAAGCCCGAACGCCUGAACAAGGCGCUCGCGAUGUGGUCAGCUUCGCUACCGAGGUUACCAAGGAAGGUGAUAAUGCCACCUGCCUGGUAAUUCGCCUCGGUGGAUGGGAGCGCCGGCAAGAGGGAGGAAUUGGUAGUUUGGGAACUAAGGAGUCCCGCGAGUGGCGGCGACAGGAUGCCACCGAUCCGCGCCGGUCACGGACGUGA